AAAGGGAGAGAGAGUGUGUGUGAGUGUGAAUGCUAAGAAUACUCUCGCAUGCUUUGCACCAGCACACACAGCAUCGCAGCUGACGCUUGUCAGAAGGGAGGAGGGCUCGGUGACCUGCUUGCCUGUGCUCACUUCCCCACCGAGCUAGCCACCUGCCUCAUCAUCCCCCCGCUCCUGUUAUCAACGCUCUCGCUGCUGCUUCUGCACGUGCAAGUGCAAGUGCAAAUUACACGGUGCUGGUGGUGCGAUUUGACACGGUGCUGGCGCUGCACUUAACGAUUAGAUUACAAGCCUCGCGUCACGGGGCUCUCAUCCCUCUACUUUGCCUCUCUCUCUCUCUCUCUCUCACCUACACACUGUGAGUGUGAGUGUGUGCAACUGUGUGUGGGUGGGUGUUGAGCAGGAGCUGUCAGUUACUGUCUUGUCCGAGACUUCAUGGAUGCACACGAGUUCGUCUUUUAUCAAGUGUGCAGAGCAGGUGAUCGCACACCUCCGAGUCCAUCCUUGCCGCCGAGUCUACCCUUGGUCAACUAGUCAUUAUCAUGGAAGUCAAGGCGCGAAUCAGGUUGCCGUAACUAGUUGCUGUCUUGAUUCGUGAGGUGGUACUAUCAAUUGUUGAAACCGUAAAUAACAAUCGUUGAAACGCGCGUUUCACCACCAGGCACCGUGUCACGAAAAUUAAUGGUAUCCUGAGUCGAGGGUGGUCCUUUCAGUCAAUUACAAGUUGUGGAGUCUUGUGCACUGUUCGAACGGAGCCCAGAAAAUUCCAAAUCUCGACGAUUGAAUUCCCCUCGAGACAUGGCUGAGAUCAAAAUCCGUAUGCCUCCAGCCGCAGGGCCUCUAUCGGCUGAAGAUAUAUUGACAACGGAAGCUGGUACCAAGGGAUCCCAGGAUUUAAAGCAGACUGGACAAUUACCUGUAGUUAUUACACAAGAAGUCGAGCGUGGACGCUACAGCACCUUCGUAACAUCGCUACGGCCACGCACAUCUCUUAUUCAAAAGUUGGUGGCCGAGAUAAUCAGUACAUUCAUCCUUGUCUUCACCGGAUGCGGUGCUGUCAUGGUGAAUGAGAUCAGUAAUGGCAAAGUGACAUCCGUUGGAGUGUCUCUUGCUUUCGGGCUUGUUGUCACGAUUAUGAUCUAUGCAGUUGGCCAUAUCUCGGGUGCGCAUAUGAAUCCUGCAGUGACGCUAGCGUUUGCCGUUGCGAGACACUUCCCCUGGACCCAGGUUCCAUUGUACGCGGCUGCACAGUGUAUCGGAUCUAUAACAGCAUCAUUCAUGUUACGGUGGAUCCUCCAUCCAGCAGCCUACGAAGGCGCUACAUUGCCUACGGGGAGUGACGUACAGUCAUUCCUUCUGGAGAUCGUCAUCACGUUCAUUCUGAUGUUCGUCAUUGCUGCUGUCUCCACCGACACCCGAGCAUGUGGAGAAUUAGCUGGAAUCGCCGUUGGUUCAGCGGUUGCCUUAAACGCGCUCAUGGCCGGGUCCAUAUCGGGGGCGUCGAUGAACCCAGCGAGGUCACUGGGUCCAGCUACAGCCUCAGGGAAUUAUCACUCCCUGUGGGUGUACAUGGCUGGUCCCACAAUCGGAGCUCUCAUGGGGAUGCUCACAUACAACUGCAUACGCCUACCAAACCAGGCAAUGCAAUGCGCCUGCAACAAACCAGCGAAAAGCUUCCGCCGCUGAUGCCAACUCAAAGCCGAACCUCAUGGUACCCAUGUUCUUCUGACGGAAGAAUAAGACGUUGUCGAUGAUCGCUAAUAUCUAGAUUUUCACCACCGCGUGAGUUUUCGAUCGGAAUAGUUGUGAAUCUGCCACAGCAAAGGAUAUCAUGAGCUGCCGCAUGGUAUAUGAGCUUUACCAUGCUGUCCAUAUCUAGACAUAUACAAACCGACCACGGUAGUCACAAAUGUGUUUGUCUUCGCCUCACACACAGAUUCAUGACCUCGGAGGAACCCACCUGCAAACAAAUCCUUGCAAACUUGUGCAAGCUCCGAAGCUUCGUUGUGUCGGUCUGGACCUGCAAAUUUCAAGUGGAGGAUUUCCUUGGAUCCAGCUUUCAACCAGGCUGAGAUUCUUUCACAUUUCCAAUGCUAGAAAUGCAACCUGGUCAUGUUGGCAGUUUCUUGCUACGACGUGGGUGUUGCUCAAAACCCUAAACCGUAAACUGAAACGAGGCUACUUCUUUUUUGUUACGAAUACAGUGUAACAAGUGAAUGUUUUAAUAUCAGAUGUGGUCACCUUUGGAACUA